CUACAACUUCUCAAUAUUUUCUCAUCACCAAACAUUCUUUCAUAAAAUCCAUUGCUAUACCAAAAAAGAAAUAUGGGUUUGAAUGGCAAGUUGGUUGUUUCGAUGGAGGUUAAGUGUGGAGGACACUUGUUUCAUGACCUUUAUCAAACUAGUUCUCAUCAUGUAACUAACAUAAGUUCAGACAAAGUCCAUCAUUUUGAUAUUCACGAAGGUGAAGAUCUAAGAGCUGGUUCAAUAAUUGGCUGGAAAUAUACCCAUGAUGGAAAAGUUAAGGUUACUAAGCAAUUGAUUGAAGCCGUUGAUGAAGAGAAGAAAUCAAUUACUUGGAAAGUUUUAGAGGGAGAUACGUUGGAAUUGUACAAUUCUUUCACUAUUAGUGCAUCUUUUGAAGACAAUUGGGCAACAUGGACAUUUGUGUAUGAAAAGAAAACUGAAGACACACCAGAACCCGUCACUCUUCUGAAGCUUAUGAUCGAUAUUACCAGAGAUUUAGAGGGUCACCUCCACAAGAUUUAAAUGAUCGAAAAUUUCAUCGGAAAUACCUCGAUGCAUCGGUUCCUAUCGUGAUAUAUAUUUAUUAACUUUGUUUGUGUGAUGAAUUUAAAAAAUAUUGGCUUGUCUUAAAGCAUGUAAAAUAAAUAAUAUUGUAUUGUAUGAAGUUCUAAUUAUUAUAAGUAGGUCAAGAUAUUGUGGACUGUUGCAAGUUUUAAAAUUUUAUCUAUAUAGUACCACAAUGUAUUAAUGUGUUUGUACUCAUUCCAGUUUGUAAUAAUAAAAUAAUUUUGAUAAAUGAAAAAUCGUAAUUAAUUUUA